AUGGCACUCACUGCGCCCUCGAUGUUGACCCUGGCUGGACAGAAGGAUACACAAUACACGAAGAUCUUCGUCGGAGGCCUGCCCUACCACACGACUGACCAGAGCCUUCGAGAGUACUUCGACAAGUUCGGCGACAUCGAUGAGGCAGUGGUCAUCACGGAUAGGCAAACUGGCAAGAGCAGGGGAUACGGAUUU